UGUUUUGCUUUUGUUUUGGUUUACAGCAAAGUCUAUAGACUUUCGCCAAAACAAACCAACAUCUCAGUCAUUACAUGAUUCCCUUUCAAUUUAAUUAUAAAAUUGUAUUCAUCUGAAGUUUCAAGUUUUCCAGUGAUUUGUUUCUCUCUGGUGUUUUCAAAAAUUUAAAUUGUUAUGUUUGUUAGCCGAUGAUUAACUACCAUCAAUGGAUAAAGCUUUGUUUUGCCUCUCGUUGCGAGAAAACCGUUUACAACUUUUUUUGAUACCAAUUUUUUUCUCAUUUAAUGUUUAUUUUUUUCCUUUUAUUCUUCUCAAUGAUCAUAAUUCUUAGUCAAAGUAUCCCGAUCCCCGUCCCAUUACCGUUACCCGUUCCCCUCCCAUUACCAUUGCCAUUGCCUUUACCCUUACCAGUACCUGUUCCUGUCCCUGGAGCUGUUGGUGCUAUUGGAGCUGCAGGUGUUGUUGGUGCUGCUCUCGUUGGUGGACUUGCUAGUGGAAUUGUUGGUGGAUUAACUGGAGGUUUAACCGGUGGAAUCACUGGAGCAAUAGUAGCUAAGAAAAAACAUAAGGAUAAACAUGAGGAGCACAAAGAGAAAGAAAAGGAGAAACAUAAAAAGAUGAAGAAGAUGAUGAAAAAAGCUAAGAAAAUGGCCAAAAAAGAGAAGAAAAAGAAAGAAGCUGAAGCCCAUGGUGAAGCCCAUGGUGGGUCAAUGCAUGGCGGUUAUGCUGAUGGUGAUAAUGGAUUUGAUCUCAGUGGACAUGAAGAUGGUUCAAAUUACUCUGAAUUAUCUCCAGAUCAGGGCAACUCUGACCAUUUACCUUCAGGACAUGGAGAUUCUUCUGAAAUAGCACAAGAUGCUGGUUUCCCCAACGACCACGGCUCAUCUGAUAAUGGUGCUUCUAGUCAAGAUUUCUCGCCAUUCCAUGGCUCUAGUAAUGGUGAUCAUAAUUCCCAAAAUAAUCAGGAUCCUGGCGGAUCAAAUCAUCACGGAGAUUCCGGUCAGCAAAAUAUGCCUUCAGAUCACGAUUCUUCUGGUCUUCUUGGUUCUUCCGAAAAUCAAAAUUCUCAUAGUGAUCAUGGUGAUCACGGUGGUGCUUCUCAUCAAGAUGAAGGACUAUCGCCAUUUAAUGGGCCAACCAGUGUUCAAAAUGGCCAAAAUUCAAACGAGCAACACGACUCUUCAAAUGGAAAUGUAGGCUUUCAGGACAAUGGACAAUCACAUGAUCAAGGAUCGUCAUCAUUCCAAGGACAGAGUAACAAUGGAAAUACUGAUCAAGCGAAUCAUGGAUACUCUGACUCUCAUACACCCGAUCAUAGUCAUUCUAAUGAUCAAGGUCUGAAUUCCUUCCAUGAGCCCUCUGAUGCUAACCACAAUCAAAACCCUCACGAAGCUGUCUCUAACCAACAUGAUUCUUCAAAUGAACAUUCACAAACCCAAAACAAUGGAGCUUCUCACGAUCAAGAAUUGUCUCCUUUUCAUGGUUCAGCUGACAGUGACAAGAGCAAUCAAGGAGCUAACACUGGUUCUGCAAUGCCUGAUGGUGGGUCUUCCAAUGAUCAAACUUUAAGCUCUUUCAACGGAGGUUCUCAAAAUGAGCAUGGUGCUUUUUCAUCUCAAGCUAAUUCAGAUAAUCAUCAUAGUUCAUCUGACUCUGUUCCUUCAAGCAGUUCUGGUAAUGACGGUGACCAUUCUAUUUCUUCGAGUCAUUCAAAUAACGGACAACCAGAAGGGUGGUAAUUUGGAAAAUACUCAAAAAUCUGAAUAUUUCGAUCCAAUACCAGAUUUUAUCAUUGUUAAUUCUUUAGGGACUCUUACAACGAUAGGUCAUUUGCUCUCAAAAUUGUCUUUAAAGUCUAAUAAGUGCCAAUAUUGAAUAUUUUUCCCGAUGAUACAAUUUGAAUUAUUUCAAUCUUUGGAAAAGGUUGAGUUGUUAUUACUGAAUUUGUUUAUUAACGGUUGCAUUUAGACUCCUAUUUUAUUUAUUUUAUUUAUUUAACUUAUUAACCCAAAUUUGAACCAUUAAGCUCGAACCGUUCAUUUUUAGUUCAUAACUCAAAAUACUUUUACAAUACCCACAUUCAAGUUAAAAAGCAAUUGUAUUUUUCGUUGACAAAACAUUCUCAAUGUAUUUAAUACACUUAAUUUAUAAAUUAUUUAUUUGUUUUUUUU